GUCCUACUCAACCGGCAGAAUGUGAAGACACUCGGUCAAGUGCUCUCCGACCUAUCGGAUGCCUUCGGGCCACGAUGGGGUCAUGAACGACUGCGUAAACUCUUCCACCUGAACGGACGUGAAGUUCGCACUGUCCAGGAGCUGCUUAAGACGGACGGAAUUUUCCUCGGAUUCAGCAAUCCACCACCAGCCUCAGGACAGGGGACACAGCCAUCUACAACUAACCCAUUUGAGGAGGGUGGAAAACUGAACAUUGGAGGCGAGACGACUUCGCUCGGGACGGCACCAAUUAUCGCCAGCAACGGACUCAGAGUUGCCGACUACGCAAUCCUCGAGGCAGGCCGGCUGGGCGCAAAAUUAGGUGUAGAAGUGCUCACGUGGAACUCGGACCCAGUGUCGGGUUGCAGUCCCGGCCCGAUGCGUGGCGGUGGAUGCGCCAAAGUCUGCAACAAAUCAUACAAGCCUGUCGAGGUCACAUCCGAAGACGUCAAGACAGGCUCGGUUGAAUUUCGUUCUGGACACAAUCCAGUUGCCAUCGGACUGGACUUUUUCUCGCCUCAUGCGGGUCGGCUAGAUCAAGUGAUUUCUGGCGCCAGAGUUCGAGCCAGCUUGCUGGCUGCCCGAAACCUGAUAUUGAACUUUUUCUAUCUGAAAUUCAGUGAAAAAUGGACAUACUCUGAGAAGAUAUUGAGCAGCGACAGUUCACUUUUUCAACAGUUGGACGCAUCGUCUGACUUCGGUACAAUCUACGAAGAUGUGAAUUAUACGCUUUUCGAAAUGGCAAAAAUGUACUCCCAUUUCUGGCAGUGUAUGUGCAAAGCAGCGUGUGCAUCCUUGGACGACUGGCUCAGACUGGUAUCAGUCGGCUGCAUUUGGGCUUAUGUGCCUCCUAAAGCCGAGAAUACAGGCGGCCAGAUCUUUUAUCUCGAUUUCUUUCUGCUACCCUCCUCUGAAAGAUGCAGAGAAAUUGCCUCAUCACAGGCGAGGCGAGCACACCUACCCGAAAGCCGCUAUUUUUACCGCCUUCCUACCCUGGCGCAAUUGCUUCGUGACGCAUCAGUGCCUCCAGAGGCUGAAACGCAGCCGGUGGCUUCUCUGGUCACGGAUUGGGUUCACUGUUGGCCGAUACACAACACGAAAAGAGCUACAAGCCGGUCUGUCAUAAUGACAGAUUGGAAGGUACGCGUCUGGCUCGAGCCCCGGCCAGACUUGGUUCCUUCUUCACGGAGUAGGCGUUUCGAUUACGUCACGCUUGACUACUCCAGGAUACGGUGUCGCCUAGUCGUAAGUGAUACAGUUGCCCCGGGCCAGCCAAGCGUCCGUCCUGGACUCUGUUCAGCAGAUCUUUUCUGCUCACUCAUAACCUGUCGCUUGGGCGUCUGCCCAGUCGAGGGGUCGGCAUCGGCUGUUCUACACCGGUUCUUGCUGCCGACGCGGAAACACAAGUCAGGCGUCUCGCAUUCUCGCCACUUCGGUCUCUUCUAA